AUGGAUGACAGCUCACCGGACCUGUCGCUUAAACUGCGACGGGGGUCCAGCGACUCGAGGGAGUCUUUUUACAUGGACUUCGCCCAAGGGAUCGACUCGGAUAUCGAAGAGGUCACGACGAUCGAACGUAUAAUACCUGAACAUCCGGGCGGCAGAACAGAGGGCGAUGCGGAUACUCUGGCUACUCCUUCCGGCCUCGAUGACAAAGACCUGGCGCAAUAUUAUCUGACCUUAGGGUUCUACGGAGAAAGCCCUCUAGAUCCGAUACGACCCGUCAGACGAGUGCCGGUGACAUACUUUUGGCGGUUC